CAGUGCCGGGCUUGACGAGCCACGCGAUCGCACCAUUGACUUCGUUCGGUACGACGCGUCACGAAAAAUGUGUGUGAAAUAAAUUCAGCCGACGGACGGAGUGUUACUGACCGAUAAUUAGGUACAAUUUGCAAAGUGAUUUGUGUUUAAAAAAAAAACAAAGCGACUAAAAACAGUUUGAACGUGAUACCUUUGCCUAAUUAAAAAAUAAAAAUGACAGUUGAAAAUGCAGAGCGCGCACCGCGCCGUCGGUGAGCGGCGUAGUGUUGUGCGUUGUCGAUAGCCAAGAUAUCGAGCGGGGGCCGAGGCAGCGGCGGCGGCGGCAUGGUGCUGGAGGGCGGGCUGCCGGCGCCGCUGCAGCUGUACGCGGCGGCCGCGGCGCAGCUGGCUCCGCGUCCGGCGUGGCCGCCAUUCUUACCGUUUUUUGGAGUCCCUCCGCCGUUUCUGGCAAGGCCAAGGCUACCUCACCCGCUGCCAGCAAGAGCGCCGCACGGACCUCCUAGCGAAGACUCGAACGAAGAUGGUGGCAGCAGUAAAGGUGGCGUUGGUGACGACGACGGCGACAGCGGCAAGCGGCGACGGUCGCGCACCAACUUCAACUCGUGGCAGCUGGAGGAACUGGAGCGGGCGUUCCUCGCCUCGCACUACCCCGACGUGUUCAUGAGAGAGGCACUCGCCAUGAGGCUCGACCUGAAAGAGAGCAGAGUUGCCGUAUGGUUCCAAAACCGACGAGCCAAAUGGCGCAAGAAGGAGCAUACAAAGAAAGGCCCAGGCAGGCCCGCGCACAACGCGCACCCCCAGUCGUGCUCUGGAGAACCCAUCCCACCGCACGAGCUGAGAGCUCGCGAGAGGGCGAGAAGAAGAAAGAAACUGGCAAAAGCGUUAGACCGACAAGCGAGAAAGCUUCGAGCUAAAGGCAUCGCGGUCGACCUUGAGGCUCUGAAGGCCGAAUACCUGGCUCAGCACAGAAACAGCGGCCUUUACUCCGACUCUGAUGGGGAAAUAGACGGAGAAGAAUGCAUGAUCGACGUUGUAGGAGGCGAUUCUUGCCACGACUCGGGGCCAGAAGACUUCUCGCUAUCUGGGAGGUUGCGAGCGCCGUCAGGAGCCGACGGCAUCAAUAAUUCAGAUAGUUCUACUUCCGACGCGCAUUCUGGAAGGAACUUCAGUCCCAUUCCAGAUCCGCAGUCUUCAUUCUUCAAACAGUUCAGUAACGCUGGUAAUUUCGAGAAAUUCGACUUCGACCCGAGCAGAGCCGUGUCUUUAGACCUUAGCGGAGGGGGCACCGCCACCGAACAGGACCUAUCCAAAAACGGGGGAACAAGAAAACAUAAUCCAUUCAGUAUAGAAUCUUUAUUAAACACGUGAAAGUGACUAUUUGAACCAAUAUUUAAUUAAUGAGGCUUUCAGACACGAUCGUGACUUUAACAGUGACUCGAAAUACCUACAAGCAUUAUGUGGAAUGUUCCUUUGCUUUAAUGUUUAACGGAUCGUUAAUUAUCAUUAGUUUUAAUCAGCUUCAGUAAUAAAGACUUGAUAAUACCAGUUAACAUAUCCAGUGUGAAUAUUAGAAGUAGGAAAUUUGUAUUAUAUAGACAGUAGUGUAAAUAGUCUUUAGGUAUUUAUUUUUUCUCUUUAACGUUAAUAUAUUAUAUUUCUUUAUACAAAAUUUUGGGGCAAUAAUUUAUAACAUAAUUGUUGAUCGUGAGGUAUUUUAUUUUAUUUGCAAGUUUUAGAUUUUAUUGUUGAUUUGUAAUUUAACAUCUCGUAGACAUGUUGAAUAAUUACAGGAACAUAAAUUACCCAAUUUAAGUCAAUACGCAUCUAUGCAGGUAUGAAUUGGUACAAAUAAAUAUGUACGUUUAUA